AUGGCGUCGCCCACAACAGCAGGUGCGAGCGGAACCAAAUCCGCCAGCGCCAACACCUUCGCCCUUGACUCCAGAAGCGAAUCGUCGACCUCAUCCGCCGCUGCCGGCCCCUACCGCGACUCAUUCGACGAUGACGAGGAGAGCCAGGACAACAACCAGUACGUCGCUGACCGCCCGCGACGAGGAGGUGUGCUCUCAAGAAUUCUCCAGGCGGUCGGCAUGAGGAGAAGAACGACGCAUGCCCCACCAGAAUACAAUGACUAUUUCUCGACACCUAGAGAUCAAUUACCCGAUGGGUUAUUACGGCACCCAAAACCUGUCAAGCAUUCACGACAUUCCUCGCCGCGAGAGUUGAGGAGAUGUCGAAGAGGUCACGUUGGGGCGGUUGUCAAGCGGAUUGUAUUACUUUCACCAGUAGCGAUUCUUGCAUUUUUCGGGAUAAUACAUAUCCUCCACGCACUCAUCGGCCGAGCUGGCUUCUUCUGGGACUCGUCAGUCGAGGACGAGUUCCUCCCAGAUUGGGGCAAGCCAGGCAAUGUAGGCGAAGGUCUGGCAGAAUAUCCCACAGAUGCCACAAGAGACGUCAUCCCGAUCGCGUGCCACUCCCACAACGACUACUGGCGACGGAUACCCUUCUACGAUGCAAUCCACUGGGGCUGCACCGGCGUGGAAGCAGACGUCUGGCUCUUUGACGAAGAGCUCUACGUUGGCCACAACACGGCCUCGCUCACCAAAAACCGCACCUUCCGCAACCUCUACGUCAACCCCAUUCUCGAAAUGCUCGCCAAGAUGAACCCCGAAACAGACUUCGCCAACGCAAGCAACAACACUCACGGCGUCUUCGAUGCAGACCCGGACCAAUCCCUCAUCCUCCUCGUCGACUUCAAAACCUCCGGCAAAGCAACCUACGAAUACGUCCACAAUCAACUCUCCGCCCUCCGUGAGAAAGACUACCUAACCUACCACGACGGCACCACACUCCACCAACGCCCGGUAACCGUCGUCGGAACAGGCAACUGCCCCUUCGACCUCAUCACCGCCUCCGCCACCCACCGUGACAUCUUCUUCGACGCGCCCCUCUCCCAAAUGGGCACCCAAUCCUCCUCCUCAACCUCAAAAACUACCCGCAACCAACACAGUUCCUCCCAAGGCUCCAGCGGCACGACCCCAUCCUCCUCCUUCGACUCCACAAACUCCUACUACGCCUCCGUCUCCUUCACCUCCUCCAUCGGCUUCGUCUGGCGCCGCCAGCUCUCCAAGAAACAACUCGCCACGAUCCGCAGCCAAAUCAAAGGCGCCCACGACAAGGGGUUGAAAGUGAGGUAUUGGGAUACCCCUUCUUGGCCGAGGGAUCUGAGGAAUCAUGUCUGGAGGGUGUUGAUGCGCGAGGGCGCGGAUAUGUUGAAUGUGGAUGAUUUGAAGGGCGCCGCGGUGGAGAGUUGGAGGGCGAGGGUGCAUGGGUUUUGGUAG